UCAAAAUUCUAAUAUUAUUGAUAACUAAUCAUUUUAACUUAUAUUUAUUUAGGCAAAAAAAUGCGAUUGUCGCGUCAAUUUAAUAUACGAAAGAAAACACGCAAACGUAAGAAUAAUAGAAAAAAUAAAUAUACACAUAAAAGAAAAUAUAAUUUUGGCUCAACUCAUGGCAUUUCCACUUUGGACCUUGAAAAUAUUAAUGAAGUUCUUCGUGUUCGUAAAAAUCAACGUACUAAUGGCAAGGGCGCUUGGAAAGUAGUCCCAAAAGACUCAUGCGAAGUGUACAAAGAGAGACAGCGACGACAGAUGAAGACUAAAUGUGAUGAAGAAGAUAAUGUGCAAGAAGAUGACAAGAAGUCACAUCGAGACAACGAUUCAAAAAGAAAAAAGCCACUUAAGAAAACGCGACAAAAGCGUAAAGCAUCAAAAAGUAAACAGCGAAAUUCUUCAUUGUCUUCAUAUACAACAACAACAGCGUCUACAUCGUGUACUAGCUUCACGGGAACGGAAUAUGAUUAA